UAAACUUUAUCUGUGGGUGGCCUGGUCUCUUCCUGAAACCCAGGACAGCCAUCUCAGAGAAGAGGAGAUGGGGAACCGUCACGCCAAAGAGAAAAUCCAUGAGGGUUUUGAUGCAGACCGAGAUGCCAAAAAGCUGUACAAAGCCUGCAAAGGAAUGGGAACAGAUGAGGCGGCCAUCAUCGAGGUCUUAUCCAUCAGGACAUCGGAGCAGAGGCAACAGAUAAAGCAGAAGUACAAGACGAAGUACGGCAAGGACUUAGAGAACGUGCUCAAGAGCGAACUGAGUGGAAACUUUGAGAAAACAGCCUUGGCCCUUCUAGACCGCCCCAGUGAAUAUGCCGCACGGCAGUUGCAGAAAGCCAUGAAGGGCCUGGGCACCGAUGAAACUGUGCUCAUAGAAAUCCUCUGCACAAGAAGCAAUAAGGAAAUCAUUGCCAUCAAAGAAGCCUACCAAAGGUUGUUUGACAAGAACCUUGAAUCUGAUGUCAAAGGCGAUACAAGCGGAACUCUCAGAAAGAUUCUGGUGUCCGUGCUGCAGGCCAAUCGAGAUGAAGAAGGUACCGUGGACAAAGACCUGGCUGGUCAGGAUGCCAAAGAUCUGUAUGAUGCAGGGGAAGGCCGCUGGGGUACCGAUGAGCUUGCCUUCAAUGAAGUCCUGGCCAAGAGGAGCUACAAGCAGCUGCGUGCCACCUUCCAAGCCUAUCAGAUUCUCAUAGGCAAAGACAUAGAAGAAGCCAUCGAAGAAGAAACAUCAGGAGACUUGAAGAAGGCCUACUUAACUAUAGUGAGAUGUGCCCAGGACCUCGAGGGCUAUUUUGCAGACCUACUGUAUAAGGCCAUGAAGGGUAUGGGGACAGACGAGGAGACAUUAAUUCGCAUCAUCGUGACCAGGGCUGAGGUCGACCUUCCGGGGAUAAAAGCCAAGUUCCAGGAGAAGUAUCAGAAGUCUCUCUCUGACAUGGUUCGCUCUGACACCUCUGGGGACUUCCAGAAAUUGCUGGUGGCUCUUUUGCACUGAGUCAAACCAGAGCAAUAGGAACGCGGGGAGAGAGGCUACUUUAUCGGGACUCCUGAGCAUAACAAAUCAAGCUUGAAAAUGGGGCUUUUCCAUGAAAACCCUUCACUUCCUGGAUUGCUUCCUUGGCCGUUGUAAGGUACCCCAAGGCCAAACUGUUGAAAUCAAUAGCGCAUCCUCCAAACGCUUGAGCGGUUCACCUUGAAUGCCGGCUUAGCUACAACCUAAAUUGCCUCUCGAUCUUCCUUUAGUGUUUUAAGUGAAUGCUUUCUAAGCACAUAUGAAAUCAGCAGUUGGUGAAAAAAGAAAUGAACAUUUAUAAUAAAAUGUUUAGAAAACUCUAUGCCUUCCAGAUGCACAGAGCCAAAGCAGAGAUUAAAUGGCUAAAGCGGAAUAAAGACAAGAUUAAACAGUU